CCACCUUUGCUUUUUUGCCCAAGCAAAAGAAGAAGCUGCAUAGUGACAUAGUUGUACUGGAGGCUUCAGUAACUCUUUAUCUUUCUGUGAAUGGGACUGUUCUUUUAUGGCAAGAAUCCUGGGGGAUAAAAUCUCCAGGCAUGUAUAUCAUGCAAAUAUGCACAACAACAUUGCUGAAGAGGCUGACUUGGCCCUGCAGUCCAGACUGCACCAACUGAGCGACUUCAAUUAAACAGUUUCUCGCAUUUUGUGUUGAGAUCUGAGCUGCUGCUCUCCCAGGCAGGAUGAAAUGGCAGGAUUCAGUCCCUUUUCCAGGUCAUUACACCAGCAGCUCCUGGGAAGCUGGUUCAUUACAGGGAACAGUGCAGUGCUCCUGGCAUUUCACACAGUGAGAUCUGAGGCAAAUGGAAUACCCAGCAGUCCUGUUUUUAAAGAUAUCGACUUCACAGGAAGAGUUUAGUUGCAGUUUAUGAGCUCUGGAUGUUGUUGCAGCAUCAGCAGGGCCCUGCUUUGAUCCUUGGGCCGUUCCGAGGCUCCUCGUCCCCGCCGGAAUGGAGGUGUCGUAAGCAGGGAACAUGAUUAAAGAUAACAACGAAGUUGUUCCACUAAUGGGCAAGAAAACAAAUCCGUCUGGAAUUCCCCCUUCAAACCAGCAAGAGAAAAAGGUGACUGAAAGCACUCCCACGAAGAAAAGUUCCCACUUUUUCCUGGAGAUUGAUGGUUUUGAAAGCAAUGCCACUCCAAAUAACACAUCUCCCCCUGUGUUUUCAAAACCAAUGGAUUCAAAUAUUCGUCCCUGUGCUUCUGGAAAUGGGGAAGACAUGGAUUCCCCACAGUCUCUUCAGGAUGAUGCCACUGAGUAUAGUCCUAAUGUAGACAGUUGCUGUGCUAACAUAUCCCAAGGGCCUGAGCAGACCAGUGCCAGGAAGAAGCUGAAGCGAUUCCUAUUCCGGGCAGUGUCGGAGGGGAACGUGGAGGAGCUGCAGUGUCUGCUUGGGGAGCUGAAGGAGCGAUCCAGUGCCUGCACAAACAUGACUGUGCCAGAUUAUCUGAUGAAAAAAUUCACAGCUUCAGAUACCGGCAAAACUUGUCUGAUGAAAGCUCUGCUGAACAUCAACGAGAACACAAAUGAGAUAGUGAACAUGCUCCUGUCCUUUGCAGAAGAAAAUGGUAUUCUGGAGAGAUUUAUCAAUGCAGCUUACACAGAAGAGGCAUAUAAAGGCCAGACAGCUCUAAAUAUUGCCAUUGAGAGGAGACAGUACGAAAUAACCCAGAGCCUCAUAGAAAAAGGAGCUGAUGUCAAUGCUCAUGCCCAGGGUAUUUUCUUUAAUCCCAAACAUAAGCAUGAAGGCUUUUAUUUUGGUGAAACUGCACUGGCAUUAGCUGCCUGUACCAACCAACCAGACAUAAUUCAACUGUUAAUGGACAAUGCCAGGACUAAUAUUUCUUCUCAGGAUUCCAGAGGAAACAAUAUCCUCCAUGCAUUAGUUACUGUGGCAGAGGACUCCAAAACUCAGAAUGAUUUUGUAAUCAGAAUGUAUGAUAUGAUAUUGUUGAAAAGUAAAGACAAAAAUUUGGAAACAACAAAGAAUAAGGAGGGUUUGACACCACUACAGUUGGCUGCAAAAACUGGGAAAUUAGAGAUUCUGAAAUACAUCCUGAGCAGAGAGAUCAGAGAGAAGCCGAACAGGAGCCUGUCAAGAAAAUUCACAGACUGGGCUUAUGGUCCUGUUCAGUCUUCUCUGUACGACCUGACAGAACUGGACACCACUGCAGACAACUCAGUGCUGGAAAUCAUUGUCUAUAACACAAAUAUUGGUAAUCGUCAUGAAAUGCUGACUUUGGAGCCUCUGAAUUCCCUCCUGCGAAUGAAAUGGAAGAAGUUUGCACGACACAUGUUUUUUAUGUCGUGCUGUUUUUAUUUCCUGUACAAUGUAACUUUAACAUUAGUUUCCUACCACAGGCCUAAUGAAAAUAAAGCUCCACCUUAUCCACUUGCUCUGACACGUGGAGUGGGAUGGCUGCAGUUGUCAGGACAGGUGAUGGUUAUGUUAGGAGCAAUAUUUUUAGCCAUUAAAGAGAGUGUAGCCAUCUUUCUGCUCAGGCCCUCAGACCUGCAGUCAAUUCUCUCUGAUGCCUGGUUCCACUUUGCAUUUUUUAUACAAGCUUUGCUUGUGAUCUUCUCUGUCUUUUUGUACUUGUUUUCCUACAAAGAACACCUCGUGUGUCUUGUUUUGGCAAUGGCCCUUGGAUGGGCCAAUAUGCUCUAUUUCACCAGAGGUUUCCAGUCCAUGGGCAUUUACAGUGUGAUGAUUCAAAAGGUCAUCCUGCAAGAUGUGAUAAAAUUCUUAGUUGUCUAUAUCGUGUUUUUGCUGGGAUUUGGCGUAGCUCUUGCUGCCUUGAUUGAGACCUGCCACGAGGGUGGUGAAUGCCAUUCCAACAGCAGCCUGGGACCUGUGCUGAUGGAUCUCUUCAAGCUCACCCUGGGACUGGGGGAUCUGGAGAUCCAGCAAAACUCCAAGUAUCCUGUCCUGUUUCUUCUGCUCCUCAUAACUUUUGUUGUGUUGACUUUUGUUCUCCUCUUGAACAUGCUGAUUGCGUUGAUGGGAGAAACAGUGGAGGAUAUUUCUAAAGAGAGCGAGCACAUCUGGAAACUCCAGAGAGCCAGAACUAUUUUGGAAUUUGAAAAAUUCUUGCCAAAAUGUUUGAGGAAAAAAUUCCAACUGGGGGAGCGCUGUAAAGUGGCUGAAAACGACACCAGGGUGUGUUUAAGGAUUAAUGAAGUGAAAUGGACCGAGUGGAAAACACAUGUUUCAUUUAUUAAUGAAGAUCCAGGGCCAACAGAUCCAAGCAAAAUUCAAGAUAAUUCAAGAACUAAUAGCAAAAACACCUUGAAUACGUUUGAAGAAAUGGAUGAUUUGCCUGAAACUUCCGUUUAGCUUGUGCUGUAUUUGAUAUGUGGCUGUU